AUGGCUUCGAGCACGACCAACGGUACUGCUGACCAUGCCUUGGAUCUGACUGUUCUCGGCCUGAACAGCGGGACGUCGAUGGAUGGCAUCGACUGUGCCCUUUGCCGCUUCCGCCAGGAGACCCCUGAGUCCCCAAUGCACUUUGAGCUGCUGAAGUAUGGAGAAAUUCCGCUGGAGCCAGUCAUCAAGAAACGGAUCAUGAAUAUGAUCCUGCGCAACCAAACAUCCCCAUCCGAGUUAUCGGAAGUAAAUGUCAUCCUCGGCGAGACAUUUGCAUCCGCAGUGCAUCAGUUUUGCAAGGAGCAAAACGUCGACAUCGAAUCUAUUGAUGUGCUAGGCUCCCAUGGCCAAACAAUCUGGCUUCUCUCGAUGCCGGAACAAGGAGAAACACGGAGCGCACUGACGAUGGCUGAGGGCUCGUUCCUGGCCUCGCGUACCGGUAUCACCUCAGUGACCGACUUCCGCGUGAGCGAUCAAGCUGCUGGACGACAGGGUGCGCCGCUGAUUGCCUUUUUCGACGCCCUCGUGUUACAUCACCCGACUAAGUUACGUGCCUGUCAAAACAUCGGUGGUAUCGCAAAUGUAUGCUUUAUCCCGCCUGACACCCACGGUGGUGUAGACGGAUGUUACGACUUUGAUACCGGCCCUGGUAAUGUGUUUAUCGAUGCGGUCGUUCGCUAUUAUACAGACGGUGAACAGGAGUACGACAAGGAUGGCGAGAUGGGUGCACGUGGUAUCGUUGAUCAAGAGCUUGUAGACGAAUUCCUUUGUCACAAGUAUUUUGCUCUUGAUCCACCGAAGACUACAGGCCGUGAAGUUUUCCGCGAUACCCUCGCACACGACCUCAUUGUCAAAGCUGAAUCAAAAGGACUUAGUCCUGAUGAUGUCGUUGCGACUAUUACACGCGUUACUGCACAGGCUAUUGUGGAUCACUACCGUCGAUAUGCCCCGAAAGAUCUUGAGAUCGCAGAAAUCUUCAUGUGUGGUGGUGGCGCAUAUAAUCCGAACAUCAGCGGAUAUAUCCAGAAGCACUAUCCGAACACUCGUAUUCUAAUGCUUGACGAGGCUGGUAUCCCAGCAGGCGCAAAGGAGGCUAUCACCUUUGCCUGGCAGGGUAUGGAAGCUGUGGUUGGUCGUUCUAUUCCUGUUCCUACACGUGUCGAGACCCGUCAAGAGUAUGUUCUUGGAAAAGUGUCCCCUGGAAAGAACUACCGAAAGGUUCUGCAGCAAGGUAUGCAGUUUGGUGCCGGGCGGGACCAUCUAUCUCCAGUGAAGGAGCUGGUCAACUACGUCGACGGCAAGGUUUUCAAUAACAAGUGGUAA